AUGGCCGUCGAUCCGGAGAAACGUCGCCGCCAAGCAGAGGCAGCAGAGGCUCGGAGCCAGGCGGCGGCACCAGCUUCGCCAACGGGGCCCGUCGCCCCUGCAGCUGGAGAGCCACAUGCGGGCGACAACCAGGAGAAGGAGAAGGGGGAGAAGGGCGGCGACCCGGCGGUUGCUUGGCGACCGUGCUCUUCCGUGGCGCUUGGAAAAAUGCGACCGUCUGCGGUGCCGUGUGGUACUGACGAGGAAGAGGUUCCCAGGCGAACCAAGUCGGCCGCAGGGGAACCUGUCAAGACGGAGCCCUUGUCGCCCCAGAAGCCGAAGGAAACUUUGGGGAUGGCCAAGGCAGAGGUGGCAGGCUUGCUCACAAGCCUCAAGUACCAAAUCAAGGCUAAGAAAAUGACGGAGAAGCAUCGCGAACAAGCGAACGAUAUCUUGCUGAAGUACCAACAGUCUGGCGUCCAUGGAAAAAAAGAAAUAUUGCAGAAAUUGCAAACGAGCGGGCUUCGUGACCUCAGCUGGUUCGCCGAGAUGCAAAGCGAAUACCAAACGCAAAGCGUGGACAAGGAGAGCACCACGAAGGGCUACUUCAACAGGAGCCAGAUCCUCAAGAUGAACGGCCUGGACCCGAGCAACAUGGACGAGGCUGUGGCUGCUGACACGCUCAAGGACUUGAUCGCCGACUGUGAGGCAGAGUUUGGAUUCAAGUCCGACUGCAAGCCUCACAAGAACCCCUUGCUGGCCAAGUACUACUACAAGCAGAAGGUCGAAACGGAGGACACAGCUGCCACGAACUCGCUGGGCUGGAGCAGUUGCGCCAACGUGGAAGGAAGCGACCUCGGCAGGCUCGUCGAGAAGUUCGACAACCCGGACCUGGAGGUGCCCGCCAACGAAGAGGCUUGGAACAAGGCCUACAGUGCUUGCAAGGCCGCCAAGAGCAAGCUGGGGAAGGUGGCGGGCGAGCUCGAGGAGCAGCACGCCAAGCUGGUUGCUCACGGUCCCCAAGCGGAGGCGGACGAAGUUGGGCCCAAGAUCGAGACCCUCCGAGGCUUCUUGAAGACUUUGCGCUUCAAGAUCAGCGAGUGGAUGAACAUGAGCGAGGGAUGCAUGGAAGCGAAGUUGCCGGAGCUCACCCAGCUGAGUGAGGAAGCCACCAGCCACCUGGCUGCAGCCACGGCCUACAACAAGAAGUUGAAGAGCCGCUUCGGUGUCUAA